GUACCACUUCAAGUAGGAGAAAUGUACUUAAUCGUCCUUCACGACGAAAACAAACCACUAAAAAGCAGCCACCGAAGAACGAAACUGCCAUUGUUGCGACCGGCUCUUGCCGCUACGACAGUUCUCUCGGUCUUCUCACAAAGAAGUUUGUCUGUCUCUUAAAAGAAGCUAAGGAUGGAGAUUUAGACCUUAACACAGCGGCCACCGCGUUAAAAGUACAAAAGCGUAGAAUAUAUGACAUAACAAACGUAUUAGAAGGAAUUGGGUUGAUUGAAAAAAAUUCAAAAAACCAUGUUCGUUGGAAAGGUACGCAAUUACAAUCAGCAUUUUCACUACGCCAGAAUUAUAAAACAAAGAUUGAAGAACUUCGAGUGGCUAAUGCCAACCUUGAAUCUGAACGAUUGGAACUUGAAAAGGCUAAUCAAACUGUGGAUAUCAAUAUCAAAAGUAUAUAUGAAACCGAAGAAAGAUUCGCAUUUGUAUAUAAAUCGGAAAUCGAAAAUAUUAACGCUUUCCGUGGAGAUAUAUUGAUUGCAGUAAAUUCUCUUUCAGGGGUACCCUUGCAGAUGUCCGAGGAGAUUGAGAAUGGACAAACAAAUCGACCUUUAUACCGGAUUCAUAUAAGCAAUUCAAGUG